AUGAAGCAAAAGAUGCGCGUCAAGAUGUUGAUGCUGGCCGUUUGUUGGACAACUUCGUUGGCCUUCAAACUAUCCGGGUCCGAUGCACCGAUCAAGUUUUCCGACUCUCAUAACGAAACCUCGAACAAGAUCAUCGAGGAAGUGGUUUCCGAGAACUUGCAGGCGGACAUGAAGGACAUCAACGGGAUUCCGAAUCCCAUGGGUGAGAACGAGAGUAACGAGACCACCGAAGGUUUUGGCGACCUGGCGAGGAACUUGGAGUUCCUGAUCCUGAAAGUCGCGCAGCUCGAGACGGUGGCCGAGAUGCAGGAAGCACGGAUCCAGACGCAGCAGCUGCAGAUUGAUGAGCAUCGCAAGGUGAUCGAAACGCAGCAAAAGGACAUCGAAGCUUUGAAGGGUGAGGCGGCGCCAAGCCCCAAGGCCGGAGCGCUCUUCUUGGAGGUUGAGCAGAAAGAUGCCCAAGCACGAUUGAGUGAGGCCCAAGGUGUCCUGACGAGUGUGAUCCAAAAGCACACCCGCCAGCGCCAGACACGCAAGUUCCAUGAAGAACCCGCGGCGGAGGUGGAAGAGCCAGAGGUCCAGCUGGCAGGUGAAGGGGCUACAUCGCAGCAGUCUUCUUCCGCCAACGAGUCGGUAAGCUGGCCGUGGGAGCACCGAAGACGAAGGUGGAACCCGGUUGACGUCGCGAAAAGUGUGGCCGACACGAUGUCGGACGGCUACAAUGCUGCUAAGGACAAGGCGAAGUGGGUGGCGGAAAACACGAUCAACACCGUUGAAAAAGCCGUCAAGGUUCUGAGCAAUGGCUUCUCAGAUUUUGGCGCCAGCUGCACCAAAGGAGUCGGUGCUGGCCUACUAAACUUUGACAUGCACAAUGGAAUCAGGAUCAGGUUCGGGUCCUACAACUGCCAGAUCAGCUUGCUCGGACAGUCGACCGGCUUGUUCGGCUUUGAUUUGGGCACGACGCCUCCGGUUCCCUUUCCGUACCAACUGCAAGCCAUAGCCCACGUUGGAUGGGACCUGGCGCACCACUGCAAGGUUCCCCACAACCACAUUUCAACCCUGAAGUGCCUCGCCCAGUCCCUUGCCGAUCACACUCCCCCGCUCGACCUCCUUCCCGAGCAAGUGAAAACACUCACGGAUGGCAAGAUUCUCGACCUCCUUCCCGAGCAAGUGAAAACACUCACCGAUGGCAAGAUUCUCGACCUCCUUCCCGAGCAAGUGAAAACACUCACGGAUGGCAAGAUUCUCGACCUCCUUCCCGAGCAAGUGAAAACACUCACGGAUGGCAAGAUUCUCGACCUCCUUCCUUGGCAAGUGAAAACACUCACGGAUGGCAAGAUUCUCGACCUCCUUCCUUGGCAAGUCAAAACACUCACUGAUGGCAAGGUUCUCGACCUCCUUCCUUCGCAAGUGAAAACACUCACGGAUGGCAAGAUUACUGAGCUCCUCCCCUCGUGGUUUCAAUUACUUGGCCACCUUGGAUGGGAGAUUCACAUUAGUUGCGUCGCAAAGCACGACCACAUUGGUGUGACCAAGUGUCUUGCCAAGUCGGUUGCCAAAUAUGCGGGGGAUGACUUCUUGCCUGGACCAAUGAAGGCCCUUGCAGGUGGCGAUCUCCCUCUGUCCUUCUUGCCGGCACCAGUGCAGGUCCUUGCAGGUGGCAAGCUCAACACGAUCAUCGACUGUGCCCAGCCCAACUCUCACGGCGACCUGAUCAAGUGUCUUGGCUCCAAGAUCAUUGCGAGCGUGCCUCCACUGAACUUCCUGAACCGCCUCGGCGACAUUUUCAAGGAGUUCAUCGAGGUCUUUGCCAAGGUGGCCAGCACGGUGGCCACAUCGGCGAUGAAGGAAGGCCAGUCGCUGCUGCAGAUUGCAGCUGCCUCGGAGUUUCCUGCCGCAGGCGCCCCACCGCAGGUCCACCACAGAGGCGCACAUCUCCUCAUCACCGCACAUUCGCAGCAUGCGCCGGCAGGGCCAAGCAGCUUCUUACAGAAGGGCGACAAAAAGCCGCCUGCAGCCGUGACAUGGAGCUUCGAAGACUAUGGGCCGGAAACCCACACGCUCGUCACCCAGUUCCAGGGCAGGGAGACCUCCACGGGCUCUUGCCUUGCCUUUGCCCCCAAGACCAUGACAGGAAGCAACAACCAAGCCACUGAGGCGGAUUGGAAGGCGAAGAGCGAGGAUGACUUUGUGGAGCUGAAGCCCUGGGCGGUGAACAUGCAGCCUGUGGUCGCCUUCGUGGGUGGCAUCCAGUUCGACUUGCUGCCUGGGCCCCUGGCAGAAGUUGACACCACGGUCUGCUGGCCGCGGGGUCAGCCUGAGGGGCUUGACCUGAGCGUCUUGCGCACCGUCAUCAAGUCCAACGGUGUCAUGCUUUUCAGCCGCACGCUGCGUCUCUCCAAGCGCUUCGGCGACAGCACGGACUUUGUGGAAGGCAACAUCAACAAGGGCCACCAGACCUCGCGAAGCUUCUUCGGCGUCAACGUCCCACCGGAAGAGAGCGGAACGGGCAUCGCCUCCAUGCAGCGUUCGAGCCUCCUCCAAGCUAACCAGAGCGUGAAAGCCAGGGAGGAGCUGGAGGAAGCUGUCUGGCAGACGCAGGAUGACCUCUACUUCGCAUCCAUCGAGUACGGGAAGGAUCUGGCCGUGAACAUCACUUCCGAACUCGGGGGCCACGCGGCCCAGGAACAGCUCGAGGCGCUUCUUUCCCAGAAGGAGAAGAAGGAGGAAGCCGAAGAGAAGGAGGAAGCCGAAGAGACCUUCAAGCUUUUCAGUUUCAAGAACCCCGGGAUGAUCAACUUCGAGGUCCAGGGCCUCCUGCAUGGCAACUGGCUCCAGCUCGGGAUCCAAAUGGCUUUCGGGCCCUACGAGAGCCCGCACAUGAAGAUACCUCUGCUGAACUUGGCGGACCAGUUCGCCCUCAUCCUGGCCGCGCUGCCCCCCGGUCUCGUGUCCGUGGAGAGCCGGGCCAAGGCGAUCGCAUCGCUGAAGGACUUCUCCAGCAAGGAUGUGAAGAAGGUCAAGUCGAAGGUUUCGAAGCUGAUCCCCGGCACCACCAUCGGCUUGCGCAAUCCUCACUGGGGUCGCUACAUGAGGAUGAAUGACAAUCGUAUGGACGCGAGCGCGCCCCAGGGUCUUGAUUGGCCAGCGGUAUGGGAAUGGGAGCGUUUCACCGUGGUGGACGCCGGAAACGGCGAGUUUGCUUUUCACAAUCCCAAGUUCAAUCGCUUUGUGUGGAUGGAAGGACAGACGUGCGUGGCCACCCACCCCGCGCCGGCCCAACACUUCAACCGGGACUGGGCCAAGGCACGCUUCAUGGAGGUCACUGUUGGGGACGGCACCAUCGCGCUGUACAACAAAGCCGAAGGUCGCUUCUUGAGGUUGCACGACCACAUCUUCGACGCCAGCCCCGAAGUCUCGAGCGAGUUUCCGGCAAACUGGAUUUGGGAGAAAUUCCAGAUCGUCCGGGCAGGUCUCUACGGUGGCAUCAAGCCCGGCAUGGUGGUGGCCCUCUACAACACCGAACUUAAAAGGGUCAUCCGCAUGCACAACACCUUCAUGGACACCCAUUGGCUUUCACCAGACUUGGCCAACAAGGACAGCUUCCCUGCAGCAUGGACUUGGGAGAGAUUCACGGUGGUUGACGGUGGGAACGGCCUCAUUGCCCUGCAUUCCACCAUCCACAACCGCUUCCUGUCCAUGCGCGGCGGCACCACGCUGGGGGUGAGCGAACAGAUGGCUGCCAAUGCCCUUCCCGCGAAUUAUGACUGGGAGCGCUUCGCUGUGGUUCCGGGGGGACAUCAAGAGAUUGCGCUGCACAACCACCCUCACAACAGUUUCUUACUCUUUUGCUUGGCGUGGUUAAAGGUUUUCAGGACAUUUAAGCCGUUUAGCGUUUUCAUGGGCUGUUUAGUGAGUUCGGAUUUGGGGUCUCGGGGUGUUGAAGCUGAAAGCUGA